AAUCGAGUUGAUUGAUGGGGUCCCCCCUGAAGAAAAAAUCGAGAUUGAUAGUUGCAGAUUCAUCUCUAAAGGGUUACCCAAAGAGAGAAGCCACGCUUGAAAAGAGAAAAUGUCUCAAGCAAAGAGACUCUAGAAUCCAGACCCACAGAAAAGGUUGUGGGCUCUCCUCAAGUCUUCUGUUAAGUCUUCUAUCUAAUUCCAGUCUGUGUCUCUAAUCUCUCUCUAUCUGGGUUUGUAGCAGAGAGAGGAAAAAGUAAAGAGAGGAGGAACAGAGAUGAGAGAGAUGUGAUUCACCAAGAGAGAGAAAGAGAGGGGAAUAGAUUAUUAUUUUUUAAUGUUAUAAUGAUGAAGAAGGAUUCCUGUUGGUGACGAUGAUGUUGGUGGUGGGAGUAGAUUGGAGAUAUAGAGAGAGUAAAGCAGUUGGGGGUUUCAGUUGGUGAUGGUAGUGGAGGUAUCAUCGCAAUCGCGGGUAUUGAAGAGUGUGACAGUUAUAGGAGUGGUGCUAUCGAUGUUCUUGUGGAACUCAGGUGGUAAUGGUCGGGGUGGAUUUGCCUCAUGGGAGUAUCAUCAUCAGCAGCAGCAGCAGCAGCGGAGGCGGCGGAAGUAGAGCAGGAAGGAUCAGUGGAGGUGGAGGUGGCGGAGGCUUCUGGGGGUUGACGGCGACUUCGGAUGUUAGAAUAGCGAUCGCAGUGACGGCCAUGGCUGGCCUCGCCUUGGCCGCCACCAUCGUCUACUCCCGUAGGGGUAGUCUUAAAUCACCAUGGUCUCGUAGAAGAAGAAAACAUGCCCUUUCACCUCGAUUUUGGAAAAGCCUAUUUACACCAGAUGGCAAGCUACGUAAUGGUGGAGUGAACUUUUUAAAAAAAGUUCGCAGCGGAGGUGUUGAUCCAAGAAUCAGGGCGGAGGUUUGGCCAUUUCUUCUAGGAGUCUACGACUUGAACAGUUCCAAGGAAGAAAGAGAUUCCAUCAGACCUCAGAAAAGAAAGGAGUAUGAGAUCCUGCGGAGACGGUGCAGGCGACUGCGAAAGCUCUGUGACAGUGAGAACUGUAGGUUAAAACAAACUGAGGGAGCCAGCAGCAAUGGGGACAGUGGGAGUAUGGUCCAAGACCUGGACUCUCCUGGUUCAGAAGACGUGGUCAGUGCCAGGGAUUCCCUUUCAACUGAGGAAGGAAGCCCAGACGAUGAGUACUCGGAUCACCCUGUUCACGAUGGAGCCCUACAAGUUUCCAGCUCAUUGGUGGGAGGAGAUGCUUCUAAAAGUGAAGUCACCCAAGUAGACGCCUCUGUAGUCAACUCAGAGUCAUCUGACUCAGACUCCUCUGUUGAGGAACCUGAAAGCAUGCCGAAUUGCGAAGAGAUUGAUCCUGACAAUCCCUCCAAGAGGGAUUCUUCCCCCUCCAGGACAGGUCCGUCCAAAAUCUAUACAGCUGAAGAUUUUGCAACUUGGCAAAGGAUAAUCCGCCUGGAUGCAGUGCGGGCAAAUGAAGAUUGGGUUGUGUACUCACCAACCCAGGCUGCAGUGUCGGAAGGGAGGGCACGGCGUUCAGCUGAGGCUGUUGGACUGAAGGAUUAUGACCACCUGGAGCCCUGCAGAAUUUUCCAUGCAGCCCGCUUGGUUGCCAUCCUUGAAGCCUAUGCACUCUAUGAUUCAGAGAUUGGGUACUGCCAGGGAAUGAGUGAUCUACUUUCUCCAAUAAUUGCAGUGAUAGAGGAUGACCAUGAGGCCUUCUGGUGCUUCGUCGGUUUCAUGAGGAAAGCUCGCCACAAUUUCAGGCUUGACGAGGUAGGAAUCAGGAGGCAGCUGAGCAUUGUAUCUAAGAUCAUCAAGUCCAAAGACUCCCAUUUCUACAGGCAUCUGGAGAAGCUUCAAGCUGAGGACUGCUUUUUUGUGUACAGAAUGGUGGUGGUUCUAUUUAGACGGGAACUAACUUUUGAGCAAACCAUAUGCCUGUGGGAGGUGAUGUGGGCAGAUCAAGCAGCAAUAAGGGCUGGGAUCGGCAAGUCUGCUUGGGGGAGGAUAAGGCAGCGAGCCCCACCAACGGAUGAUCUGCUACUAUAUGCAAUUGCAGCCUGUGUACUGCAGAGGAGGAAACUGAUUAUAGGGAAGUAUAGCAGUAUGGAUGAGAUCUUAAGGGAGUGCAAUAAUAUGGCCGGCCAAUUGGACGUUUGGAAGCUUUUAGAUGAUGCACACGAUUUGGUGGUAACUCUCAUGAGAAAAUAUGAACCCCCCCCCUUCCCCACAGCUCUUCUUUUCCCCUUUUCUAAUUCUUUUAAAGGUGUUUUCCCUUUCUUUUUUAGUUUUUGCAAAACUGAAAAUCAAAUUAUAUUACUGAAGAUAAUUUACAUUUGGGUUUGGAGAAACCUACAUAUGAGAUGCCAUUUUCGGAUAGCAGGGGAAGGUUGGGGAGGCCAUGAUCAAAGAGGGUUCAUUGCGACCUUGCCGUGUAGUGGCAAGUGUGGGCUACCUUGUUGCAAUUUACAAGAGGGCGGGCCAUAAUUGUAAUGUUGCUUUGUUGUGAUCUAGUAGUAGCAAACAGCUUCUGCACAUGGGCUUUAGACUCUGUACAUUAUGACUCUUUUUAAGGAUUCUGUGCACAGGUCUUGUGCAGUGGGUAUGCCCUA